CCCCCCCCUUACGUCCUCGUUGACCCGUCACUAGGCCUGCCAUUGUUUCUUUAUUUUUUUUGGCAGCCUGUCCACUCGCUUUUCUCUCUAUCUCUCUUGUUUAUUAGCAGUCCGUCCUAGUCCUUAAUAAUACUGUGUAUUUUUUACAAGCAAACAUGCGCCUUACCGACGUUGCUACCGCCGCACUCGUGGCUCCUCUUGUAGCAGCCCAUGGAGCUGUCCCGGGAGCCCCCAAAGUUUUUGGUCUUCCCAGGGACCUGCAGGCGGAUUUCAAAGGCCCAGUUGCUGCCCGCACACUUCGGCAUCCGGCUGAACCAAGGCAUGGGCUCUUAGAGACUCGUCAGGGAGGUCAGAACGGCCGCUGUGGGCCCAGCUUUGGCAAUGCCAAAUGUGCAGCGGGAUACUGCUGCUCAGGAUCCGGAUAUUGCGGUACCAGCAAGGACCAUUGCCAAGCACCCGACUGCUUGAUUGACUUCGGUCCGGCCUGUGAUGCCAACAAGACACCGGGUGGUGCUAGCACUCGCAACGACGCCCGUCCCCAAAAGGGCAAUGUUGCGUACGGUGGGGCUGGCAUCUAUACCUGUCAAAAAGCGGGAACCGUCGCCAUUACCUACGAUGAUGGGCCCUACAUCUACACGGACCGUGUUCUGGAUCAGUUUGCCUCGUACGGAUUCAAAGCUACCUUUUUCGUUACUGGCAUCAACCUUGGAAAAGGUGCCAUUGACACGACUGCGCAAUGGUCCACCGUCAUCAAGCGCAUGGUCGCAGAGGGCCACCAGGUCGCAUCUCACACUUGGUCGCAUCAAGAUCUUAGCGUCAUCACUGACGCGCAGCGUUACGACCAAAUGGUCAAGAAUGAAAUGGCCAUUAGGAACAUCAUUGGAAAGUACCCGACAUACAUGCGUCCGCCUUACUCGUCCUGCAAUGCCGCAUGCCAGACCGUGAUGAAGAACCUGGGCUACGUCAUCAGCUACUUUGACCUCGACACGGAUGACUACAACCAGCUGUCGACCAUCCAAGUCGCAAAGGAUAACUUCAAGCGUAUCCUCGACGCAACAUCCGGUGGCCCAACCUCUGGAGACCGUCUUGCCAUUGCCCACGACAUUCACGAGCAGACGGCGCUGAACCUCACCGGAUACAUGCUGCAGUACCUGAAGUCCAAGGGCUACCGCGGCGUCACCAUGGGCGAAUGCAUGGGUGAGCCCGAAGCAAACUGGUACCGUACCUCUGGCGAGACGGUUACGCCUCCUCCGUCCAACGGCGGCGGCGGCGGCAACAGUGGCACCCCUGUUUCCAGCGACGGCCAAUGCGGUUCUGGCAAGGGAACGUGCGCCGGUUCGUCCUUUGGAAACUGCUGCUCCCAGUACGGCUGGUGCGGUAGCACUUCUGACCACUGCGGCACGGGCUGCAACUCUGCGUUUGGAACUUGCUCUGGUACGGGCGGAGGCAGUGGUGGUGGUAGCGGCAGCACGCCGGCUCCUGGUAAGCAGGUUUCGACGGAUGGUACGUGCGGAACUCAGGGUGGAGCGACGUGUGCGGGGUCGACGUUUGGCAACUGUUGCUCGCAGUAUGGGUGGUGUGGAAGCACCAGCGGCCACUGUGGUGCGGGCUGUGAUAAGACGUCUGGUACCUGCAAUUAACCAGUUUGCCGUGUAAUUCAGGCUGCAAGAUGUUGUUUCUUAUUCAACUAAAAAGAGAUCAGCAUGAUCAGCGUGUUGUAAUAGUAGUUGUCCAAGAAAAGAAAUGCGUUGUGGUGUCAAUCUGUUGAGCUCUUGUACUCUUGACCGCGUG